AUGCCGGCAGUUUGGUUUGCUUUGAAGAGAUCUUUGCAAUGCAAAUCAGAGCCAAUGGAUGUUUAUGACCCAAAGGGGAUUGGGAAUCCGGGCCAUAUAUUGACCAGAAAAUCAGGCAGCGGUCGGUCAGGAUGUUCUAGGUCUAUUGCAAAUCUGAAAGAUGUAAUUCAUGGAAGCAAGAGACAUACAGAAAAGCCACAAAUUUGUAGUCCAAGAUCCAUUGGAAGUAGUGAAUUUUUGAAUCCAAUAACACAUGAAGUGGUGUUAAGUAAUUCAACUUGUGAAAUAAAGAUAACUGCUGGAUAUGGUUUCCAAGAAGGUGGUGGCAGCAGCAGUGGUGGCGACAAUGGUGGUUCGACGUUUGUGGGAGUGCUAAAGCCGGGGACUCCGGGUCCGGGGCGACUGACGAGAAAUAAGCCUAGAGGAUUGGCUAGUCCUAUAAGGAGGACAUCUAGUAGCCUUUCGAGGACAUCUGGAUUUGGGGUAAUUCCCACAAGGCCUAGGGUCUCUUUUGGUGCAAAUUCUAAUGGAGCUUUAUUUUGCCAUAAAUGUGGUGAGCAAUUUGGUAAAUGGGACGCCGUUGAAGAACAUCACCUCUCCAAACAUGCCGUUACUGAACUUGUUGAAGGAGAGUCCUCAAGAAAAAUAGUCGAAAUAAUUUGCCGGACGAGCUGCACAAAGCCAGACAGUAAUUGUGGUGGAAUUGAGAGGAUUUUGAAGGUCCACAACAUGCAGAAAACACUAGCACAAUUCGAGGAUUACAGAGAAUUAGUUAAGAUCAAAGCAAGCAAACUUCCCAAGAAACAUCCUCGUUGUCUAGCCGAUGGUAAUGAGCUUUUAAGGUUCUAUGGAGCAACUUUCGAAUGCAAUCUAGGCAUAGAUGGCUCCUCUAGCCUUUGUACAGCAGAUAAAUGUCAUGUUUGUCGAAUUCUGAGACAUGGGUUUUCGUUGAAAAAAGGACGAAAUGGUGGUAAUGUUGGAGUAUUCACAGCUUCGACAAGUAGUAGAGCAUUUGAAUCAAUCCAAGUAUAUGAUGAAAAUCCUUCUAUAAGAAAAGCUCUAAUAGUGUGCAGAGUUAUAGCAGGCAGAGUUCAUAGACCAUUAGAAAAUGUUCAAGAACUGGCAGGUCAAUCGGGAUUUGAUUCAUUGGCUGGGAAAUUAGGUCUCCAUUCAAAUAUUGAAGAACUCUAUUUGCUCAGUUCCAGAGCUCUCCUUCCUUGCUUUGUGGUAAUUUACAAAACCAUAAGUCCAUAUGGACGAUAUUUGCCAACCUAA